CCUCUGGCUGAGGCGGGGGUAGGGGGCGGGACCGGGACCAGGCCGAUCCGGACCCACUGGACACACUGCCCUCCUGGAGCCGGACUCUGCACCCGACACGAUGCGCCGGCCUGGCCUCGGCGGCCCCUGCCCCCUCCUCCUCCUGCUGCUGCUCCCAGCCGCCACAUCUGCUAGCGGCCCCAGCCCCAGCCCCAGCCCCAGCCCCAUCGAGAAAGCGGUGGUCCCGAGCCACCAGGCCGGUUUUGCUGCCUGUCGCUGCUGCCUAGACCAGACACCUAGGAGUAGCCGCUGCACCCGAGCUUCCUGCAGGGUCCGGAACUGUCCACCUGCCAAGUGCACAGGUCUAGAGGGGUGCCUGACCCCAACACCUGCAGUGCCCAGCCCCAGUCUCAGUCCCGUGGGGAAGAGUCAGGUAUCCCUCAACUGGCAGCCACUGACUUUGCAGGAGGCCCGAGCUCUGCUGAGGCAAAGGCGGCCCCGAGGGCCGUGGGCCCGGGCAUUGCUGAAAAGAAGGCCCCCACAUCGCGCCCCUGCCGGCCAGUCCCAGGUCCUAUGUCCCUUGAUUUGUCACAACGGUGGUGUGUGUGUGAAACCUGAUCGCUGCCUUUGCCCCCCGGACUUCGCUGGCAAAUUCUGCCAAUUGCAUUCUUCGGGGGCCCGGCCCCCGGCCCCAGCCAUGCCGGGCCUUACCCGCUCCGUUUACACAAUGCCACUAGCCAACCACCGCGAUGAUGAACACGGCGUAGCAUCGAUGGUGAGCGUGCACGUGGAGCACCCUCAGGAGGCAUCAGUGGUGGUGCACCAAGUGGAACGUGUGUCGGGCCCCUGGGAGGAGGCGAACCCUGAAGCCCUAGCCAGGGCUGAAGCGGCGGCACGGGCCGAGGCGGCGGCGCCCUACACAGUGCUGGCACAGAGCGCGCCACGCGAGGACGGCUACUCAGACGCCUCAGGCUUCGGUUACUGUUUUAGGGAACUGCGCGGAAGCGAAUGUGCAUCGCCGCUGCCCGGGCUCCGGACGCAGGAAGUAUGCUGCCGAGGGGAGGGCUUGGCCUGGGGGGUUCAUGAUUGUCAUCCGUGCGCGGAACACGUGGGGAACUCCAACCAAGUGAGUGGCCCAAAUGGACCUUGUCCACCCGGCUUCGAGAGAGUUAAUGGGUCCUGUGUAGAUGUGGAUGAGUGCGCCACCGGUGGGCGUUGCCAACACGGGGAGUGUGCCAACACUCGUGGCGGCUACACGUGUGUAUGUCCGGACGGUUUCCUCCUGGACUCUUCCCGCAGCAGCUGCAUCUCCCAACACGUGAUCUCCGAGGCAAAGGGGCCCUGCUACCGAGUGCUGCAUGAUGGCGGAUGCUCGCUGCCCAUUCUUCGAAAUAUCACCAAACAGAUCUGCUGCUGUAGCCGUGUGGGCAAGGCGUGGGGCCGAGGCUGCCAGCUCUGUCCACCUUAUGGUUCAGAGGGUUUUCGGGAGAUCUGUCCAGCUGGCCCUGGCUACCACUAUUCAGCUUCUGACCUCAGAUACAACACCAGACCCCUAAACCAGGAUCCACCUCGAGUGACCUUCAAUCAGCCACGUGUUCCACCAGCCACCCCUCGGCCACCUACAGGCUUUCUGCCUACUCGUCGACCUGAGCCCCGCCCUGACCCUGGGCCACAGCCUGAAUCCCGGCCUCGGCCUGAAUCCCGGCCUCGGCCCGAACCCCGGCCUCGACCUGAACCCCAGCCUUGGCCUGAACCCCGGCCUCGGCCUGAACCCCAGCCUCGGCCUGAAUCCCAGCCUCGGCCUGAACCCCAGCCUCGACCUGAAUUUCCCCUGCCCAGCAUUCCUGCUUGGACGGGUCCAGAGAUUCCUGAAUCAGGUCCAUCUUCCAGCAUGUGUCAGCGAAAUCCCCAGGUUUGUGGUCCUGGACGCUGUGUUCCUCGGCCAAGCGGCUACACUUGUGCAUGCGACCCGGGUUUCCGGCUCGGCCCCCAGGGCACUCGCUGCAUUGACAUAGAUGAAUGUCGCCGCGUCCCUACACCCUGUGCUCCUGGGCGUUGCGAGAAUACACCAGGCAGCUUUCGCUGCGUGUGCGGCACGGGUUUCCAAGCCGGCCCGCGGGCUGCAGAGUGCCUGGAUGUGGACGAGUGCCGCCGCGUGCCGCCGCCGUGUGACCGCGGGCGCUGCGAGAACACGCCAGGCAGUUUCCUAUGUGUGUGUCCCGCCGGGUACCAGGCAGCACCGCAUGGAACCAGCUGCCAGGAUGUGGAUGAAUGCACCCAGAGCCCAGGCCUCUGUGGCCGCGGGGUCUGCGAAAACCUGCCCGGCUCUUUCCGCUGUGUUUGCCCGGCUGGCUUCCGCGGCUCUGCGUGUGAAGAAGAUGUGGAUGAAUGUGCCCAGCAGCCUCCGCCUUGUGGGCCAGGCCGCUGCGACAACACUGCGGGUUCAUUCCACUGUGCCUGCCCAGCUGGCUUCCGAUCCCGAGGACCAGGGGCCCCCUGCCAAGAUGUGGAUGAAUGUGCCCGGAGCCCGUCGCCUUGUGCCUACGGCCGCUGUGAGAACACGGAAGGAAGCUUCAAGUGUGUCUGCCCUACAGGCUUCCGACCCAACGCUGCGGGCUCCGAGUGCGAGGAUGUGGAUGAGUGUGAGAACCACUUGGCGUGUCCAGGGCAGGAGUGUGUGAACUCACCGGGCUCCUUCCGGUGCCGGGCCUGCCCUGUUGGGCACCACCUGCACCGUGGCAGAUGUACUGACGUGGAUGAAUGCAGUUCGGGCACCCCUUGUGGUCUCCAUGGCCAGUGCACAAAUACUAAAGGCUCCUUCCACUGCAGCUGCGAGACAGGUUACCGGGCACCGUCUGGUCGACCUGGGCCUUGUGCAGACAUAAACGAGUGUCUGGAGGGCGACUUCUGCUUCCCCCACGGAGAGUGUCUCAACACUGAUGGCUCCUUUACCUGUACCUGUGCCCCUGGCUACCGGCCUGGACCUCGUGGAGCAUCUUGUCUGGACGUGGACGAGUGCAGCGAGGAGGAUCUUUGCCAGAGCGGCAUCUGUACCAACACUGAUGGCUCCUUCGAGUGCAUCUGUCCUCCUGGACACCGCGCUGGCCCUGACCUUGCCUCCUGCCUUGACAUUGACGAGUGUCGUGAACGGGGACCUGCCCUGUGCGGGUCGCAGCGCUGUGAAAAUUCUCCUGGCUCCUACCGCUGUGUGCGGGACUGUGAUCCAGGUUACCACCCUGGCCCUGAGGGCACCUGUGAUGACAUUGACGAGUGCCGAGAAUAUGGCUCUGCGAUUUGCGGUGCCCAGCGCUGUGAGAACACCCCCGGCUCCUACCGCUGCACGCCAGCCUGCGACCCUGGUUAUCAGCCUACACCAGGGGGCGGGUGCCAGGAUGUGGACGAGUGCCGUAACCGGUCUUUCUGUGGCGCCCAUGCUAUGUGCCAGAAUCUGCCUGGCUCCUUCCAGUGCGUCUGUGACCAAGGCUACGAAGGGGCACGGGACGGGCGUCACUGUGUGGAUGUGAAUGAGUGUGAGACACUACAGGGCGUGUGUGGCUCUGCGCUGUGUGAAAAUGUUGAAGGCUCCUUCCUGUGUGUCUGCCCCACCAGCCCUGAGGAGUUCGAUCCCAUGACUGGACGCUGUGUUCCCCCACGGACUCUUGCAGGCUCAUUCCCAGGCUCCUCCCAGCCCCAAGCACCUGCCAGCCCCAGUCUUCCAGCCCCUCCCCCACCUCGAAGACCCAGCCCUCCCAGGCAGGGUCCCGUGAGCAGUGGACGUCGCGAGUGCUACUUUGACACAGCAGCUCCAGAUGCGUGUGACAAUAUCUUGGCCCGAAAUGUGACGUGGCAGGAGUGCUGCUGUACUGUGGGAGAAGGCUGGGGCAGCGGCUGCCGCAUCCAGCAGUGCCCCAGCACUGAGACAGCUGAAUACCAGUCAUUGUGUCCUCACGGCCGGGGCUACCUGGUGCCCAGUGGUGACUUGAAUGCCCGGAGAGAUGUGGAUGAAUGCCAACUCUUCCAGGACCAGGUGUGCAAGAGCGGAGUGUGUGUGAACACCGCCCCAGGCUACUCUUGCUAUUGCAGCAACGGGUUCUACUAUCAUGCACACAGGCUGGAGUGCGUUGAUAAUGACGAAUGUGCCGACGAGGAGCCCGCUUGUGAAGGUGGUCACUGCGUCAACACGGUGGGCUCUUACCACUGUACCUGCGAGCCCCCACUGGUGCUGGACGGCUCCAGGCGACGCUGUGUCUCCAACGAGAGCCAGAGCCUGGAUGAUAACCUAGGAGUAUGCUGGCAGGAAGUGGGACCUGACCUCGUCUGCAGUCGGCCACGACUAGACCGGCAGGCCACCUACACCGAGUGCUGCUGUCUCUAUGGUGAAGCCUGGGGUAUGGACUGCGCUCUCUGUCCUGCCCAGGACUCAGAUGACUUUGAGGCCCUUUGCAAUGUGCUGCGUCCACCUGCCUAUGGCCCGCCGCGCCCGGGUGGUUUUGGACUUCCCUAUGAAUAUGGCCCAGAUAUAGGCCCACCUUAUCAGAGUCUCCCCUAUGGGCCAGAUCUGUAUCCACCGCCUGUGCUACCCUACGACCCCUACCCACCCCCACCUGGACCCUUUGCUCGCCGGGAGGCCCCUUAUGGCGCCCCACCCUUCGACAUGCCGGACUUUGAGGACGAUGCUGGCCCCUAUGGCGAGUCUGAGGCUCCUGACCCACCUAGCCGAGGCACUGGUUGGCCUUAUCGGUCCAGAGACACCCGUGGCUCCUUCCCAGAGCCUGAGGAAUCCUCUGAGCGUGGACGCUAUACAGGAGCCUUGUCCGAGCCCUAUGAGGGCCUAGAGGCCGAAGAGUGUGGCAUCCUGGACGGCUGCCCUCACGGCCGCUGUGUGCGCGUUCCAGAAGGCUUCACCUGCGAUUGUUUUGAUGGCUACCGCCUGGACAUCACUCGCAUGUCCUGCGUCGACGUCAACGAGUGUGACGAGGCAGAGGCAACCUCCCCACUCUGCGUCAAUGCGCGCUGUGUCAACACUGACGGCUCCUUCCGCUGUAUCUGCCGUCCAGGAUUUGCUCCCACGCAUCAGCCACAUCACUGUGCGCCUGCUCGACCCCGGGCCUGAGCAGGGGCACCUAAUCUCCCACUAUAGCUGAGCACCGGAAGCCUCCAGAACACGCCUGCCUCCCUCUGGUCUGCAUGUAUGUGUGCAAGGGUGUCAGACAGUCUCGAUUUAGGGUGGACAGACACAGAGGGGUGCCUUCUAUGGUGCCAGCCUCCCACCAGUGCCCUGGGCCUGUCCUGGGUCCCCUGACACAUUUCUUGCCCUUUUAUACAAUUUUCAAUUAAAACACCUAUUUUGUA